CGCUCUUGUUUGCUUCUCUCGCCGCUCGUGCUCCCCUCUCUCGCCUCUCUUCUCACCAUCCAGCUAGACUCAUCUGACUCUUCUCGCACCGUUGGAUGUCGCUCUUUCUGUCGAACAGCCUCCAACUUCGCCAGAUCCGUUGGUGAAAAGAUCUCUAAGCGUGCGGUGGUGAAGGCGAGCGAAGAGUGGGGGAUAUCCCAGGUCGUUAACCACGGGAUUCCGACGGAGCUGAUACGACGGUUGCAGGAAGUCGGAAGAAAGUUCUUCAAGCUUCCUUCGUCGGAGAAUGAGUCCGUCGCGAAACCGGAGGAUUCAAAAGACAUAGAAGAAUACGGAACGAAGCUGCAGAAAGAUUUAGAAGGCAAAAAAGCAUGGGUCGAUCAUCUCUUCCACCGAAACUGGCCACCGUCUUGCGUUAAUUACAGAUUCUGGCCCAAGAAUCCACCUGAAUACAGGGAUGUGAACGAAGAGUACGCAGUGCAUGUGAAGAAGCUGUCGGAGAUAUUGUUAGGGAUUCUCUCGGAAGGGUUCUCUUGGUUUUGUGUUACCUAAAUGAGUUCUCUUCCUGUCCUGAAUUCUCUGAUUUUGUCUUUACGUGUCCUAAAAUUGUUGUAAAUUUUGCGGUAUGCCUAUUGUGAUGUGACUUGCUUUCAGCAUGGACAUUGGAGCUCAGAAGAUCUUAAAUGGAAAAGAAGAUAACUAUGGAGGUUUGUGGUGAACUUGAUGGAGAUGGAACCCAUGGAUGCUCAUGAUUUUGAUGCAAAGUUUGACGUUUCACUUAAAGCAUGGAAGGAUCAGGUUCUAAAUGGCGGAAUCUUCCAAAGUUAUUUAUCUUCACAUUGCUGGACAUGAGAUUUCUGAAGUAAAAUCCCUUUUCUUCUUCUUCUUUCUCUAUUGUUUUUUUGUUCUUGUUCUGUCAAUGAGUUAAUUAGAAAAUUAUGCAUCUCGAUUUUGUUUCUUGUUCAACAUAAUGAUUUGCUUCAGCUUAUCCAACCAUUUGGUGUCAGCAAUAACCGAGAUUGUCCAGAGUCCAUCGGUGGAGAUCUACCAAACCAUAACCUUAACAAACUUUGUCAUUUGUAAUAGCUCUGUUUUUUAGAUUAAUAGUAAUUUUAAUGACUUUUGUUCUAAUAGAAAUCAUGUCUCUAUUAUAUCAGUGUUUUUGUAUUAACGAUUAUUAUUAAAUUCUAAUUGAUUUUUUUUUGAAACAUUUA